AUGUAUGCAACGGUCGAGGACCUCGUCUAUCUACGUUUACUCCUGGAAAAUUUGACCCCGAGUGAAACUUCUUUUGGACACGUAUUUCAAGUUGGGACAGGCUUCACUUUGUACCGUCUUCCUUCUUUCUGGACUGUGAUACUUCAAGUGCUUCGCUCGUCCCCCAUGUUGCCUCAUGGACUCGGCUCCCGCGUAGUCCAACUGAACAGCCCCGAUAGGCUUCGACCGCUGUCGGACCCUCAAGAGUUCGGAUCUUCGUCGUUCUUUGGCUUGAUCCCCGCCAAUCGGUUUCCUUCCACUCGGCCUUGCAACGGCACUGUCACUACGUCUAAAAGACUUCGCUGCCCAAUAAUGCACCGUUGCACACAUCGUUACAAAUGCCGAGUAACCGCGGUAGCGUCGAGCUCAACAACUAUAUGCGCAUUCCCGUGGUUCCGGUUGGUUAACAAACACCGUACAUACAGAUCUACAAAGCGAAGUGAUGUUAGCAUCACUGAGCUGGAUCGAAUCCACAUCGGGCUCUCUAUGGACCAACUUGGACGUGUAUAUGUAAAAGCCCGUGGGAUCGGUACAGGGGCUCAGAAACAUGUCGCCAGGGACAUUGCCGCCAGUCAGACCUUAGAGGCGUUGAUUAAAGGACAUCAAUAG